GCUGCCUUCACCCCUGGGAAGGACAGUCGCUGCCCCAUAUCUUGGAGUUUGCCUUCAGAAUGUCUGUUCCUCUUCCCAUGACUAGGCUCAGCUCUUCCUUCUCCCUUAGCUCCCAGGUCCCAUCUGUCACCAGGCUCAGUCAGGACUUCCAGUACACUUCACACUCAUCUCCACUGUGAUUCUCCAUGACGUCUUGCCACCCCAGCCAUUACUUGUUUCUUUGUUUUGUAUACACAUUUCUGUGCAGUUUCUCUCCUGCUAUCCUUGCACACCAUUACACACUUCUCUGUCUUCUUCAGUAGACCAUAAGCUCCUUGAAGAUAGGGACCAGUCUUACUCUUCGUGUUCUCUUAGCACCCAGCAAAGAGCCUCCAGUCAGGCAGGUGUUGUCAGGAAAUAUUCGGUGUUACUAUUUUCCUCUUCCUACCCUGUUAGGUGUCUGGGUAACUGUUAACAGUCUCCUCCUCGGCCUCCCAGGCUCUGUUUUCAACUGGCUCCAUCCUCACUCUGUUGUUCUUCCUUAAAGCAUUACAUGCCACUUCGUUGCUCAAACCCUAGGACAACGGCCUGUUGACUACCACAUGUUUUUUUGUUUGUUUUUGUUUUUUAUGUUUGCUUGGUUUUCAAGGCGCCCACCAAUCUGGCCCCUUCCCAAAUAUCCACACCUUGAUUUUUCCCAUGAAACCCAUUCCUACCCCAAAAAGAAAGAUAGUUUUGCAAGUGCAUCCUUCCCCAUUAGCUCUUGCUUCCUACCUAAAUUGGAAUAGUCCCCUAUGGAAAUCCUACCUGUCUUAUUUAGGAAUCCUCCUCUCACUGCCAGGGACUUCACUGGUUUUUCUUGGUUUCUAACUUUGUGCAGCAAAGACCUCAGCCUUUAGAUAUGUAGUCCUGGGUAACAGUCAUUCUGACUAUUAAGUUACGCUCUGUGAGAGCAGUCAUCAGAUAGGAUGCUUUUGGCUGUAAGGAAGAAAAAAUCCAAUCCAGAUUGGUACAAUCAGUAAAGGCUCGUGUAACUGAAGCUUCUCCUAAGGCUGCCCUAAGGCCAGGCUCAACCGUCACCCACCACCUGUCUUCUUUAGGUCUACCCCUUGCCUUCCUCUGGGAAGUUUCAGUGUCCCAGAAAGGCUGUCGGGAGCUCCCAGAACCACACACUUACUUAUUACUUAUAGUAGGAAAGAGAGUCUAUAACCCAGGGUGUUCCCAGCAAAAGUCCGGAGCGCCCCGGGAACAUGUCUCUGCCUCGCCAGCCCCUGCAGCCAGGGGGGCGGGGUGUGCUGAUUGACAUGUUCCACCUGUGGAGCUGGGGGUACCUUCAGCCUCUCCUAACCACUUGGGCCUCAAGUAGAGACAGGAACUGGUGGCACAGGGGAAUAGUAAUGUGGCAGAGACACCCCCGAAUGUCCCUACAUGCUGUUUUGGUAUUCUCCACGGAACACUGCCGGGCACACAACCGUGCCCAAGGACUGACUGUCAGAUGUCUCAAAAUACCAGCCUCUCCCCUGGAUGUUCAUGAGAGCAGAAGCUAGGAUUCUGUUGCUCUGGUCCCCGCUGUCCUCUCCUGCCACCCCAAGUCGUCACCUCACCUCUGCUUCUCACAGAGUCCUGUCUGUUACAGACAGACGUGCCCACACCUUUGUUACUUUGUUUUAAACUAGGGACAAAUUCUAUGUGAGAGUCCCUAGUCCAGCCAGUGGCUCCCCCACCCGGUCUCCUGCUGUCUCGGGGUGGAGCCAGAUCAGUAGUCCUGAGUCUGAGGGUCAGCCCCCUCCCUCGCAAGGCUUCCCACUAUGGCUGGCUCUUCUGGGCAGUGGGCAAGCCUCGGCUUUUGGGAAUUGAAGCUACAAUGACCUUUCUCUCCAAUACCCUCCUCACCCCCUCUUCAAAGAGAAAGAUGGAGAAUAACACCCCCUCCCCUUCUCCCCGCACCUGCCUUCCAAGGCCCCCUGUCACUCCUCUGCACAUGCCCAGUACACUCAACCCACAGCGUUCCCCUGGCUCACACCCAUGGCAACCUGCUUGGCAACCCGGAGUCAGUUGGGCUGAGGCCUGAGUUCAACUGUCAGAAGGGGCCGAGGCCGAGGUGGAGGAGGCUGGGCUGUGGGUAAGUCUGCCUGUGGGUUCAGACCUGUGGACCGGAGCAGGGCAGACCCUCACGGGCUCUGCUGGGCAGGGGCAGCGCGGUCGUGGGCCCCAAGUCACAGCUGCUGCCUCUGAGCAGGUAGGGAGCCCACAGCCCUGGGAUCUCAGCGGGCCUGGGGCUGAGUUGGUCCUGCAGGUGACUGGGCGGGACGGGAGUCUGGCUUGGGCUGGGGUCAGUUUGUCAUCAGGGUUAGGAUUUGUGAAGCGAAGUAUGGCCUUACCCUCAGGAGUCCCCUACACGGGAGGAGGGGGAGGAAAAACGAGCGUAUGCAUUGAGCUACGUACAUGCCAGGUGCUUUCCAUGCACUAUCUCCUGAGCGGUAACAAGCACACAGGUGAGGUGAGCACGCGGGCCGCAGGCUGUGAAGGGUUUAAAGCUGGCCUCUCUGAAAUCACAGCUCUUGCUCUCUUCUGAACUGAGGUUCCCGAGGACACCCUGAGCGUCUGUGGGAGCGAGUGGGGCCCCGGAGAGGCCGCUGGCCCCUGGCCACUAACCGCUCACCUUGCCCAAGCCCUUGUCCUUGGCUGGGCUGUGGGGCUGCAACUCAGACAACCGCAGUGCUUGUUCUAGGUGGUGUCUCCGAAGACCAUGGAAUCCUCCGCAGAGCCUGGGGGGCCUCUGCCCAAGUACUGCAGCGUGGCCACCACCCUGGAGGCCCCCGCCUGGGCCAGCGUUGCUCCUCCCUGGGGCCUGUCCUUCAGCUGCCCCUGUGCCCUCCAAGCACCCUGGCUCACCUGGCACAGCCCUCUCGCCAGAUGUGCAUCAUAUCAACCGUGUCUCCCCGCUGCUGACCCGGCCCAGCAGGGGCCCGGCAGGCUGGGGGCAGUUGGAGAUGCUGCUGGCACGUGGGUCCUGGCAAGAAGGGGACCCGAUGGCUUUUAUUACCGGGCGCAGAUAAAGACUGCUCCAGAGCUGGAGAGGCAGGGGGCUCUGCUUGUGGAAUUUGAGGCUCCCCUUGUCACAGGCCCAGAGCUGCCAGCCCCGCGGCAGAGUGUGGUCUUAGGAGAAGAUGUCAUCCAGUUCUCGCCACCCGAGGAAUACUCACUGCAGCCUGGGGACAAGGUGCUGGUGCCCUGGGAGCCGGACAGACAGCGGUAUGGCCCUGCCACUGUUUUGGGCUUGGAGGCAAGAGGCCCCCAGAGAGCAUCCAAAGAAGAAAUCACUGUCCUCUUCUGGAACGGCAGGACAGCCACAGUGCCUCGGGGCGGGGCCUGGGGGGUGCCCCCUGCUGUCUGGAAGAAGGCUGUGGAGCGGCUGCACUGGCCUGUCACCAGCAGGCCCCCCACUACCCUCCUCUGGGCCCCUUGCUGCUCUCUGCUGGGGCCGGGCACUGGGUAUAUCACCCACGGGCGUCCACUGGGCACCCCGUUUCUGUGCCCUCCCUGCCACCCCCGCGCCUGCUGCCAGCUGCUGUGCCAGGGCUGUCCCGGCUGCUGCCCUUCGGCUGGACCCACCUGGUGGCCUCUCACCAGGACCUCGGGGGCCAAGGCCAGAGAACAACCAGAGGCGGAGCUAAAGCCCCAGGUGCAGCCUCUGCCCCUAGAGGCUCCCAAAAAGGAGAAAGUGGCCGUGCAGGCUCCCAUGGCUGUUUCUUCCUCCUCCUCCUCCUCCUCUGAAGAGGAUUUGGAGAAAGAGCUGGAGGCGGGCCUCCCUCAGAGGCUGGUGGUGGGCAGUACAGUCACCUCCGACCCCGUCCCUCCUGAGAAGACUCGGAGGAGGCAGGCGGGCCCGGGCCAGCCCGCGUGGAGGUAUUGGAGGAGGAACGGGCCUGAGCCGCUUCCUGGGAAGCCAGGUACUGGGCAAAAGAUGCCGCAGCACCAGAAAGGGGAGAAGGGCUACAAGCAGCAGGGAGCACAGAUGGGUGGGGGGAACACCAAGGAGCUGGUCCUGGAAGCAGCCAACGCAAAGCCUCUACACACCCUGCCAGACACAGCGGAACACGGGAAACUGAGUCAGGGGACCACUGUGAUGCGUCAGAGACACCGGAAUGCCUUCAACUUAAAGCCCUGAGGAUCUAGGAAGCAAAGGAGAGUGAAUGCCUGAGGAAGAGUUACAAAGUGGCUGGCACAGCCUUCAGUGGUAGAGUGCAGGCCACAGAUGACAGUCGCAUAAGCAGCAGCAUCUUCACCCCUUUAAGACUUCCCUGCAGACGGGCAUAGGAAGGUACCUGUCCUAAGAGCCACAGGAGUGCUGCCGGCCUGGCCAGGUCUCCCUGCCUGGUGAGAUGAACGUGAGAAUGCUGUUCCACAGAAGUCACAGGUCACGGUCAGCCUGCUUUGGGCAAGUGUAUCCACAGCCUCUCUGCCACCUUUUCAUAAAGCCUACAGUUGUACAUGAAUGACAUUUUGUUGCUCUUAAUACCAAUAAAAAGGAAUUCUCUUUA